ACACAAAAUUAAUAAAAUGGAAAACAAAAGCCAUACCCGCGAGGUCUUCAUCCGCUCCGCCUCCUGCCGUUAUCCUUGCGUCUUUGCCUAGCCUUCGUUCGCUUCUCAUCGCCGGCGCGUCCAUAGUCAUCUCCUCCGACGCAGAGAGAACAAAAAAAAAUGUCGGAAAAUCCAUUGGAAGCCAUCCUAAAAGCCACCGAAUCCCUCUCCCGCUGCGUCCAAACCCAUCUCUCCCGCCUCUUUCCCGCGCCCCAAGACCACCACCACCACCGCUCGUCCCCGCCUCUACUCUUUGUAUCCUCCAAGCCCUCCGCUCUUCCUCAAUCCACGGAUGCCACUUCUCCCAUGAAGGAGAAGUCGGCGAUUCCAUUGACGAAGGAGGAGCUCGGGAGGGCUACCUGGACUCUGCUCCACACCAUUGCAGCACAGUUUCCAGAUCACCCAACAAGACAGCAAAAACGUGAUGUAAAAGAACUGAUGGUCAUAUUAUCUCGACUUUAUCCUUGUAAAGAAUGUGCAGAUCAUUUUAAGGAAAUUUUGAAAGCAAACCCUGUACAAGCUGGAUCACAAGCUGAAUUCUCUCAAUGGCUAUGCCAUGUGCACAACGUUGUUAACCGAAGCCUUGGAAAAUUGACAUUUCCCUGCAAUAGAGUGAAUGCUAGAUGGGGAAAAUUGGACUGCAAGGAUCGCGCAUGUGAUCUGCAAGGCACUACAGGCUUCAACAACCAACCAUGAUGACUUCAAUUCCUCUUAAGAAGGAAAUGCAAAGGGUCUAGCUUUGCUACCAUUGCUGUUGGAUCAGCUAUCUGCCGCCAUUCCAGAGUGAUUUGAAAGGUGUUGAACUUCUGUUCUUCCCAAGGUCUGUCCUUUUCAUCAUGUCCUGGGGUGCCUGCUUUGUAAAUCGACAUGAAUUUCAGGUGAUUUAUCUGAUCAUAUGGUCAACAUUUAGCAUUGAGAUUUUUUUCACCCUCUGUAGAAACUUUCCAAUUAGACAAGUUGGCUAUUUAAGUUUUAAUUAAUUCUACAUUUUAUGAACUUCUUUGUUUUUGUGAUUGGUUGAUUAAGAAUCUGUUUGGAAAUGUGGCAA